UCCAAGGGGGCCAGGCUAGUGGCCCUGGUAGAGGGAGCGGAGACUGAAACCGCUGGCGGCAUGCAGGGCCCUGGGGUGGUUUCGGGGCUCUCGGGCGAGCGAGGGUUGUUAGAGCAGGAGGCCGGCGCGGACACCGAGGCGGCGAAUCUCCUGCCAUUCCUAGAGCCCGGCGUGCGGGCAGAGCUGCAGGCGGUCGCGGCGCAGCACGUGUUGGCGCUCACUGGUUCCGACUCGGGCCGCGCGCUGUUGGCAGGACAGGCAGCGCUGCUGCGGGCUCUUGCCGAGCUUGCCGUUGCUCCGGCCCCAGCUCCUUCCCGCGACGCUUCCCGCGCCCUCGUGAACUUGGCUGCUGACCCCGGCCUGCACCAGCAGCUGCUAGCGGCGGACCCGGAGCUUCCUGCCCGCUUGCUGGGCUGCGUGUUGGACCCUCUAUGGCCCUGGGCUGAAGAGGCGGCUGCGGUACUGGCCAAUCUGAGCCGCGAGCUGGUGCCGUGUGCUGCAUUGGUGGAGAAAUUGAUGGUCGCUGAGACUGAGCGCCUGGGUCUGGAGCGGCUGGUUAACGCGCUGUGCACGCCCAGCUACAAUGCGGCCGCACCCCUGCAUUACCUGGGGCCGCUGCUCUCCAACCUUAGCCACCUGGCGGAGGUGCGUGCUUUUCUGCUGGACCAGGACAGGUGCGUGGUCCAGCGACUGCUGCCUCUUACCCAGUACCCAGACUCCUCGGUGCGGAGGGGAGGAGUAGUGGGAACACUUCGGAAUUGCUGCUUCGAGCAUGGACACCACAAAUGGUUGCUCGGGCCCCAAGUUGACAUUCUCCCCUUCUUGCUGUUGCCCUUGGCUGGGCCUGAGGAGUUCUCCGAGAAAGAAAUGGACAGGCUGCCUGUUGACCUGCAGUACUUGCCACCAGACAAACAGCGAGAGCCAGAUGCUGACAUCCGGAAGAUGCUCAUUGAAGCCAUCAUGCUGCUGACUGCCACUGCGCCUGGUCGGCAGCAGAUACGGGACCAGGGUGCUUACUUGGUCCUUCGAGAGCUACACAACUGGGAGCCAGAGCCCGAUGUGCGAAUGGCUUGUGAGAAGCUUAUCCAGGUGCUUAUUGGUGACGAGCCAGAGGUUGGCAUGGACAACCUGCUGGAGGUGCAGGUGCCUGAAGACGUGGAGCGACAGCUGCAACAGCUAGACCAGCAAGAGCAGCUAGAGCUUGCUCAAGAGCUAAGAGACAAGGGUGCCCCACGGACUUGAGGCUCUUCUGGCUGAAGUGCCAGCUCCAUGUCUACCUUUGCCAGGGUUCCUUCAGGGCUCUAGGGUAAACACCCAGUAAAUGCUGAGAAGCUCAAGAGCACUGCCCGUUCCUGUGCCCUGCUGCACCCGGCAAGAAUGCAGGCUGUUCAGUGCUGCACUAUUGAGCUGGAAGUGGCCAGGUCUUGUGCCCUAGCUGCUUACACAUGAGGCAGGUAGCUGAUGGCCACUGGACUGUGAGGAGCCUUUUCCCCAACUGUGGUAGGGCUGAACCAAAAACAUUGCAAGCCCUGGGCAGCCAACUAGAGCUUUUCACUCCUGAAGACACUGAAGGAUCUGGACAUGGGUUGGCUUAGAGGUACCAACCGUGCUGUGAGCCACAGCCUUUGGAGUCCUUUUGCUUUCCUUUGCCCAAGACCCCCUUGAAAGACAAACCACACUUGAAUUCUAGGCCUGUCUUUGGA